AAGUUGCAUAAUGCAGAGCCGGUCGAAAAUUCGCUACAAAUUCGUCAAGCACUCGCGAAACGAAUCGGAAAUAAAAAGCGAGCGCCUUCCGCUUUCGGGUGUUUUUUCUCUGGUGACGACUCACGAUAAAAAGGAGCCAUAGCCUCUUUGACGAAGCCUAUCAGGAGGAAAUUACGCGGCCGAAAAUUCCGGCAUUACGGAUCGGCCGAAAAGCCCGCACCAAUAUUUCACAGCGAAUCGAAAUCGCCCCGAGUCCAGGAGGAACACGGAGUCGAGAUAUUUUGAGCCGAAGGUCGACUAUUAAACCAGAAAGUGAGAUAAGCUCAAAACCACUGCAUGGGAUUGUUUUUCAAAUGGAUUUAAAUUCGAGCGAAGUCGCGGAAGAAGUUAGAAAAAAAACAAUUCUCCACUGGAACUACAGGGACUUUAAAGAACUUCCGAUUGUGUUGAGAAGUUACGGAAGUCAUGUGAAAGAAAUAUAUUUAAAGUGGAACCACCUGAAAAGUCUCCCGGCGUGGAUUGAAGAACUAGAAAAUCUAACAAAUUUAUAUCUCUGCGGGAAUUUUAUUCAAACAUUACCCCCAGAAGUUCAAUACACAAGAUUGACUCUUCUAGAUUUAAAUUCCAAUCGACUGGAAACGAUACCUUCGAGUAUUGGAAAUUUGGGUACUUUGAAGUGUUUGUUAUUAGACGAAAAUUUAAUAACAAGAAUACCUCUUUCCUGCAGUCAGUUGUGGAAUUUGGAAUACUUUUCAAUAUCUAAUAAUCGCCUCAUAAUUUUGCCAGAAUGGCUAGGAUCUCUUCCAAAGCUUGAAGAUUUAAUCGUAGACAAUAAUUUUCUGGAGGAGCUUCCAAAUAGAUUAACUUUAGCACCAGAAUUAAGAAAUAUCUCAGUUUGUUCAAACAGAUUGAAGUAUUUGCCACUGAAUGGAUUCGUCUCGUCGCCCUUUAUUCAAUUUGAUCAAAAUCGAGAUUUAAAUUAUUUAUCCUACCCUUUGCUCUCCCAACUCGUUUCGAAAAUUCGAAAUUCCUUUGGAGGGGAUUUGAGAAACGCUGUAGCUCGCGGGUGCUUUCUAUCAAUUCCAAGAAGUGAUUUUCGAAGCUGUAAUAUAAAACUACGUUUAUCGGAAGAAAUCGGUAUCGAGGAAAUUACUAUCGACUUACCGAGACAGCUCAUGACUGUUCACAAAAUUAGUGAAAAUGUCGUAACUUCUCUUUGGGAAUUGGCACUUCGAAAAGUUUACUCCACAAGAUACCAUCACUCUCUCGAAAUAACAUCGCCUUUGAAUGUGAAAGUAUCAUACGAGCCAUUUUUUCAAGAAAAUUCCGAUUUAAAAUUCUCGGAAAAUUGUAUACCUUACGUUUUGAUAGAAAAUGGACCCGUGAGUAUUUGUGUAAACAAUUCCUGCCAAGAGCCAAUUUUUACUGACGCCUGGGUAACUUUUGGUCUGGGUUCAGACGUCUACGAAAUUCCAACAGUUGCACUUUUCUGUUCUCAUAGGUGUGCAGCUCAAUUUUCGACGCUUUCUGGAUCAAGGAAUAAUCGCUUCUUCAUAAACGAAUGAAAUUAAAUAAAUAACACUUUCCUAAAAUCUUAUAAAUUAAUUUUAUUGUACAAGAACCUCAACUGCAUAAAUGCCACUCACUCAUAAGAGCCCGCCUCGAUUUUUCGCAUCUGAAAAUUUUAUUUGAGUCAUAAAAAUUGUUCGCAUACUCACUUUGUUCACUUUUUUUUU